AUGACGAUUAAACCUGAUUUUACUUUUAUUUUCUCUUAUUUUCUCGUUUGUAGGCGUUCGACACUUAUUUUGAAAAUUUCAGGAGUUUCUUUCUUUCGUUCUUUCUUUUUUUUUCUUUCUUUCUUUCUUUCUUUUCUCUCUUCCUUUUUCUUUUCUUUCUUUGAUGCCUUUAAAAGAAAGAAAACGAUUUCUUUUUUCUCUUUUUACAAAAUAAAAUAUCUUCAUUUUUUUCGAUUGACAUUUUCAAUUCUAUUUAUCUUUCUAUCUAUCCUGAUUUCCUCAUCUUUUUUUAUAUUUUUGUUUUCGAUUAUUAUUUUAUCUUUCUUUUUUUUAUCUAUCUAUUAUCAUUUUAUUUAUUUAUAUUAUGUUUCCUGUUCAUUUUAUCUUUCUCAGUCAUUUUCUAUCAUCUAUCUAAAUUUCAUAUUUAUUUUGGUUAUUUUUUAUCUAACUCUCUAUGUCUAUUUUGAUGGCUUAUUAAUAUUUCAUUUCUUCAUCCUGUUCAUAUUUCUUUCUCAGUCAUGUUUCUAUCUAUAUCUAUCUUCCUUAUUCAUUUCUUUUUAUAUCAAUUCUAUUUUCUUUCAUAUAUUCUUUCUUUCAUUUCUUUCUUUCUUUCUUUUUUUCUCUCUUUUUUUUCUUAUUUUCUUUCAAACCUUAUUGAUUUCAAUCUUUUUCUUUCAUGUUCAUAUAUUUAUCAGUUUUUUAGCAUCUAUCUAUAUGUUGUAUAGCUCUGUUCAUUUUCUAUCUAUCUAUCUAUCUAUCUAUCAGUUAAAAUCUAUUCUGUAUCAUCCUAGUCCUUAUUAUAUCUAUCUAAAAUCAUUUUCUAUCUAUCUAUCUAUCUUCAUUUUCUAUCUAUCUAUCUAUCUAUCUAUCUAUCUAUCUAUCUAUCUAUCUAUGAUAUUAUGA